CUGUUUAAUUUCUAGAUUUUGGACCAUUGUUUGACUUGGAAAAUGAUCUUCCUGAUGAGCUGAUCCCCAAUGGAGAAUUAGGCCUUUUAAACAGUGGGAACCUUGUUCCAGAUGCUGCUUCCAAACAUAAACAACUGUCGGAGCUUCUGCGCGGAGGCAGCGGCUCUAGUAUCAACCCAGGAAUAGGAAAUGUGAGCGCCAGCAGCCCUGUGCAGCAAGGCCUUGGUGGCCAGGCUCAAGGGCAGCCGAACAAUGCGAACAUGGCCAGUCUGGGUACUAUGGGCAAGAGCCCUCUGAACCAGGGAGAUUCUUCAGCCCCCAGCCUGCCCAAGCAGGCAGCCAGCACCUCUGGGCCCACUCCCCCUGCUUCCCAACCACUGAAUCCGCAAGCACAAAAACAAGUGGGACUGGUAACCAGCAGCCCUGCCACGGCGCAAACAGGACCUGGGAUCUGCAUGAAUGCUAACUUUAACCAGACCCACCCAGGCCUCCUCAAUAGUAACUCUGGCCAUAGUUUAUUGAACCAGGCCCAGCAGGGGCAGGCGCAAGUCAUGAAUGGAUCUCUGGGGACUGCUGGCAGAGGAAGGGGAGCUGGAAUACCUUACCCUGCUCCAACCAUGCAGGGGCCCACAAGCAGCGUUCUGGCUGAGACGUUAACACAGGUUUCGCCACAAAUUCCCAGUCACGCGGGACUGAACACAGCACAGGCAGGAGGCAUGACCAAGAUGGGAAUGACUGGUAACACAAGUCCAUUUGGACAACCCUUUAGUCAAACUGGAGGGCAGCCAAUGGGAGCCCCUGGAGUGAACCCCCAGUUACCCAGCAAGCAGAAUGUGGUCACUAGUUUGCCUCCCUUCCCUGCAGACAUCAAGAAUGCUUCAGUCACCAACGUGCCAAACAUGUCUCAGAUGCAAACAUCAGUGGGAAUUGUACCCACACAAGCAAUUGCAACAGGCCCCACUGCAGAUCCUGAAAAACGCAAACUGAUACAGCAGCAGCUGGUUCUACUGCUUCACGCUCAUAAAUGUCAGAGACGAGAACAAGCAAACGGAGAGGUUCGGGCCUGCUCUCUCCCACAUUGUCGAACCAUGAAAAAUGUUUUGAAUCACAUGACACACUGUCAGGCUGGGAAAGCCUGUCAAGUUGCCCAUUGUGCAUCUUCACGACAAAUCAUCUCUCAUUGGAAGAACUGCACACGACAUGACUGUCCUGUUUGCCUCCCUUUGAAAAAUGCCAGUGACAAGCGAAACCAACAAACCAUCCUGGGAUCUCCAGCUAGUGGAAUUCAGAACACAAUUGGUUCUGUUGGUACAGGCCAGCAGAAUGCUACUUCUUUAAGUAACCCAAAUCCUAUAGACCCCAGCUCCAUGCAGCGAGCAUAUGCUGCUCUUGGACUUCCCUACCUGAACCAGCCCCAGACGCAGCUGCAGGUUUCUGGCCAGCAACCAGCACAGCCUCAAACUCACCAGCAGAUGAGGACUCUCAACCCCUUGGGAAAUAACCCAAUGAACAUUCCAGCAGGAGGAAUAACAACAGAUCAGCAGCCACCAAACUUGAUUUCAGAAUCAGCUCUUCCAACUUCCCUUGGGGCCACAAACCCACUGAUGAAUGAUAGCUCAAAUUCUGGAAACAUUGGAACCCUCAGCACUAUACCAACAGCAGCACCUACUUCUAGCACUGGCGUUCGGAAAGGCUGGCAUGAGCAUGUCACCCAGGACCUGCGGAGCCAUCUAGUGCAUAAACUCAUCCAAGCCAUCUUCCCAGCACCUAACCCUGCAGCCCUGAAGGAUCGCCGCAUGGAGAACCUAGUGGCCUACGCUAAGAAAGUAGAAGGGGACAUGUAUGAGUCUGCCAACAGCCGGGAUGAAUACUAUCACUUAUUAGCAGAGAAAAUCUAUAAGAUACAAAAAGAACUAGAAGAAAAACGGAGGUCGCGUUUACACAAACAAGGCAUCUUGGGUAACCAGCCAGCCUUACCAGCCCCCGGGGCGCAGCCCCCUGGGAUACCACAGUCACAACCUGUGAGACCUCCAAAUGGGCCCAUGCCCCUGCCAGUGAAUCGCAUGCAGGUUUCUCAAGGGAUGAAUUCAUUUAACCCGAUGUCCUUGGGGAAUGUACAGUUGCCACAAGCUCCCAUGGGACCGCGUGCAGCAUCCCCCAUGAACCACUCUGUCCCAAUGAACAGCAUGGGCUCCGUUCCAGGGAUGGCCAUUUCUCCUUCCCGAAUGCCUCAGCCUCCAAACAUGAUGAGUGCACAUGCCAACAACAUGAUGGCCCAGGCGCCCACACAGAACCAGUUCCUGCCUCAGAACCAGUUCCCUUCAUCCAGUGGGGCAAUGAGUGUAAACAAUGUAGGCAUGGGGCAGCCAGCGGCCCAGACAGGCGUGUCACAGGGACAGGUGCCUGGUGCUGCUCUUCCUAACCCUCUGAACAUGCUUGGGUCCCAGCUGCCUUGUCCACCAGUGACACAGUCACCUUUGCACCAGACACCACCUCCUGCUUCCACAGCCGCUGGCAUGCCAUCUCUACAGCAUCCAACAGCACCUGUGAUGACUCCUCCCCAGCCAGCAGCUCCCACUCAGCCAUGGACUCCUGUGUCGUCUUCCGGGCAGACUCCUACCCCAACUCCUGGCUCAGUGCCCAGUGCUAGUCAAGCACAGAGCACUCCUACAGUCCAGGCAGCAGCCCAGGUGACCCCGCAGCCUCAGACCCCAGUUCAGCCCCCAUCUGUGGCCACCCCUCAGUCAUCACAGCAACAGCCAACGCCUGUGCACACCCAGCCUCCUGGCACACCGCUUUCCCAGGCAGCAGCCAGCAUUGAGAACAGGGUACCCACUCCAUCUUCAGUGACCAGUGCUGAAACCAACUCCCAGCAGCCAGGACCAGAAAUACCAAUGCUGGAAAUGAAGACUGAGGUCAAGACCGAGGACACCGAGCCAGAUGCCAGUGAAUCCAAGGGGGAACCUGCGUCUGCGAUGAUGGAGGAAGAUCUACAAGGAUCUUCUCAAGUUAAAGAAGAAUCAGACACAACAGAGCAGAAACCAGAACCAAUGGAAGUGGAUGAAAAGAAGCCGGAAGUAAAAGUAGAAGCUAAAGAGGAAGAAGAGAGCACGGCUAAUGGUGCCACUUCCCAGUCAGCAUCUCCUUCGCAGCCACGGAAAAAAAUCUUUAAGCCGGAGGAAUUGCGCCAGGCUCUUAUGCCAACCCUAGAAGCGCUAUAUCGACAGGAUCCAGAGUCCUUACCUUUUCGCCAGCCUGUAGAUCCCCAGCUCCUUGGAAUUCCUGAUUACUUUGACAUUGUGAAGAACCCCAUGGACCUUUCCACCAUCAAGCGAAAGUUAGACACAGGGCAGUACCAGGAACCCUGGCAGUACGUGGAUGAUGUCUGGCUGAUGUUCAACAAUGCCUGGCUCUACAAUCGCAAGACGUCUCGGGUCUAUAAGUUUUGCAGUAAACUGGCAGAGGUCUUUGAACAAGAAAUUGACCCUGUUAUGCAGUCCCUUGGAUAUUGUUGUGGACGCAAGUAUGAGUUUUCCCCACAGACUUUGUGCUGCUAUGGGAAGCAACUGUGUACAAUUCCUCGAGAUGCAGCCUACUACAGCUAUCAGAAUAGGUAUCAUUUUUGUGAGAAGUGUUUCACAGAGAUCCAGGGGGAGAAUGUUACCCUUGGUGACGACCCUUCACAACCCCAGACGACGAUUUCAAAGGAUCAGUUUGAAAAGAAGAAAAAUGAUACCUUAGAUCCUGAACCUUUUGUUGAUUGCAAGGAGUGUGGCCGGAAAAUGCAUCAAAUUUGUGUUUUACACUAUGAUAUCAUUUGGCCGUCAGGAUUUGUAUGUGACAACUGCUUGAAGAAAACUGGCAGAACUCGAAAAGAAAACAAAUUCAGUGCUAAGAGACUGCAAACCACGCGAUUGGGAAACCACUUAGAAGACCGAGUCAACAAGUUUUUGCGGCGACAGAAUCAUCCUGAAGCCGGGGAGGUCUUUGUUCGAGUGGUGGCCAGCUCAGAUAAGACUGUGGAGGUCAAGCCUGGGAUGAAGUCACGGUUUGUGGACUCUGGGGAAAUGUCUGAAUCUUUCCCGUAUCGAACCAAAGCUCUCUUUGCUUUUGAGGAAAUUGAUGGAGUGGAUGUAUGCUUCUUUGGAAUGCAUGUCCAAGAAUAUGGCUCUGAUUGCCCCCCUCCAAACACAAGGCGUGUGUACAUAUCUUAUCUGGACAGUAUUCAUUUCUUCCGACCCCGAUGCCUGCGGACAGCUGUUUACCAUGAGAUCCUUAUUGGAUAUUUAGAAUAUGUGAAGAAAUUGGGGUAUGUGACAGGACAUAUCUGGGCCUGUCCCCCAAGUGAAGGAGAUGACUACAUCUUCCAUUGCCACCCCCCUGAUCAAAAAAUCCCAAAACCGAAGCGCCUACAGGAGUGGUACAAAAAGAUGCUGGACAAGGCUUUUGCAGAGCGGAUCAUCCAUGACUACAAGGACAUUUUCAAACAAGCAACUGAAGACAGGCUCACCAGUGCCAAGGAAUUGCCCUAUUUUGAGGGUGACUUCUGGCCCAACGUGUUGGAGGAGAGCAUUAAGGAGCUGGAACAAGAAGAAGAAGAGAGGAAGAAGGAAGAGAGCACUGCAGCCAGUGAGACUACAGAGGGCAGCCAGGGUGACAGCAAGAAUGCCAAGAAAAAGAACAACAAGAAAACCAACAAGAAUAAAAGCAGUAUCAGCCGGGCCAACAAGAAGAAACCCAGUAUGCCCAACGUGUCCAACGACUUGUCCCAGAAGCUCUACGCCACCAUGGAGAAACACAAAGAGGUCUUCUUUGUGAUCCACCUCCAUGCUGGGCCUGUCAUCAAUACGCUGCCCCCUAUUGUUGACCCCGACCCCCUGCUCAGCUGCGACCUCAUGGAUGGGCGCGACGCCUUCCUCACCCUCGCCAGGGACAAGCACUGGGAAUUCUCCUCUCUGAGGCGGUCCAAGUGGUCCACGCUGUGCAUGCUGGUGGAGUUGCACACCCAGGGCCAGGACCGCUUUGUCUACACCUGCAAUGAGUGCAAGCACCAUGUGGAGACACGCUGGCAUUGUACCGUGUGCGAGGACUAUGACCUUUGCAUCAACUGCUACAACACAAAGAGCCACACCCACAAGAUGGUGAAGUGGGGACUGGGCCUAGACGACGAGGGCGGCAGCCAGGGUGAGCCGCAGUCUAAGAGCCCCCAGGAGUCACGGCGCCUGAGCAUCCAGCGCUGCAUCCAGUCCCUGGUGCACGCCUGCCAGUGCCGCAAUGCCAACUGCUCGCUGCCGUCCUGCCAGAAGAUGAAGCGGGUUGUACAGCACACUAAGGGCUGCAAGCGCAAGACCAAUGGAGGCUGCCCAGUAUGCAAGCAGCUCAUUGCCCUUUGCUGCUACCAUGCCAAACACUGCCAAGAAAACAAAUGCCCCGUGCCCUUCUGCCUCAACAUCAAACACAAGCUCCGCCAGCAGCAGAUCCAGCACCGCCUGCAGCAAGCGCAGCUCAUGCGCCGGCGAAUGGCCACCAUGAACACCCGCAACGUGCCUCAGCAAAGUCUGCCUUCCCCUACCUCAGCACCACCCGGGACCCCUACACAGCAACCCAGCACACCCCAGACACCACAGCCCCCAGCCCAGCCCCAGCCCUCGCCUGUGAGCAUGUCACCAGCCGGUUUCUCCAGCGUGGUCCGAACUCAGCCCCCCACCACAGUGUCCACUGGGAAGCCCACCAACCAGGUGCCAGCCCCACCACCCCCCGCCCAGCCCCCACCUGCGGCAGUGGAGGCGGCCCGGCAGAUUGAACGCGAGGCGCAGCAGCAGCAGCAUCUGUAUCGGGUGAACAUCAACAACGGCAUGCCCCCGGGGCGCACAGGCAUGGUGACUCCCGUGAACCAGAUGGCUCCUGUGGGCCUGAAUGUGCCCCGGCCCAACCAGGUCAGCGGGCCUGUCAUGCCCAACCUGCCCCCCGGGCAGUGGCAGCCAGCUCCCAUCCCGCAGCAACCACCGAUGCCGGGCCUGCCCAGACCCGUGAUGUCUAUGCCGGCCCAACCAGCGGUAGCCGGACCCCGGAUGCCUAACGUGCAGCCGCCUCGCAGCAUCUCCCCCGGCGCCCUGCAGGACCUGCUGCGCACCCUCAAGUCCCCCAGCUCCCCGCAGCAGCAGCAGCAGGUGCUCAACAUCCUCAAGUCGAACCCGCAGCUGAUGGCGGCUUUCAUCAAACAGCGCACGGCCAAGUACGUGGCCAACCAGCCCGGCCUGCAGCCCCAGCCCAGCCUCCAGGCCCAGCCCGGCCUACAGCCCCAGCCUGGCCUGCACCAGCAGCCCAGCCUGCAGAACCUGAAUGCCAUGCAAGCCAGCGGGCCACGGCCCGGUGUGCCUCCGCAGCAGCAAGCAAUGGGAGGCCUGAACCCCCAGGGUCAGGCCCUGAACAUCAUGAACCCAGGACACAACCCCAGCAUGGCAAGUAUGAAUCCACAGUAUAGAGAGAUGCUACGGAGGCAGCUGUUGCAGCAGCAGCAGCAGCAGCAACAGCAGCAACAGCAGCAACAGCAGGGCAGUGCUGGCCUGGCUGCAGGCAUGGCAGGACACAGCCAGUUCCAGCAGCCUCAAGGACCUGGAGGCUAUCCCCCGGCCAUGCAGCAGCAGCGAAUGCAGCAGCACCUGCCCAUGCAGGGAAACUCCAUGGGCCAGAUGGCAGCUCAGAUGGGACAACUCAGCCAGAUGGGGCAGCCUGGGCUGGGUGCAGACAACACCCCCAACAUCCAGCAAGCUCUGCAGCAACGGAUUCUGCAGCAGCAACAGAUGAAGCAGCAGAUUGGGUCCCCAGGCCAGCCAAACCCCAUGAGCCCCCAGCAGCACAUGCUCUCAGGACAGCCACAGGCCUCGCACCUCCCUGGCCAGCAGAUGGCCACAUCCCUUAGUAGCCAGGUGCGGUCUCCGGCCCCUGUCCAGUCUCCACGGCCCCAGUCCCAGCCUCCACAUUCCAGCCCAUCACCACGGAUACAGCCCCAGCCUUCACCACACCACGUCUCACCCCAGACUGGUUCUCCCCACCCAGGACUUGCAGUCACCAUGGCCAGCUCCAUAGAUCAGGGACACUUGGGGAACCCCGAACAGAGUGCAAUGCUACCACAGCUGAAUACCCCCAACAGGAGUGCAUUGUCCAAUGAGCUGUCCCUGGUCGGCGACACCACGGGAGACACCCUAGAAAAGUUUGUGGAGGGUUUGUAGCAUUGUGAGAGCAUCACUUUUUUUUCCUUUCAUGUUCUUGGACCUUUUGUACUGAAAUCCAAGCAUCUAGGUUCUUUUUAUUCCUAGAUGGAACUGCUACUUCCAGGCCACGGAAGGGUAGAUUGCUGUUUAAAGAAACAAUACAAAGAAUAUAUUUUUUUGUUAAAAACCAGUUGAUUUAAAUAUCUGGUCUCUCUCUUUUUGUUUUUUUGUUUUUGUUUUUUUGUUUUGGGGGGAGGGGGGAUUGUUUGGAUUUUUUGUCGUCAUUGCUGGUGACUCAUGCCUUUUUUUAACGGGAAAAACAAGUUCAUUAUAUCCAUAUUUUUUAUUUGUAUUUUCAAGACUUUAAACAUUUAUGUUUAAAAGUGAGAAGAAAAAUAAUAUUCAGAAACUGAUUCUUGAAAUAAUGCAAGCUUAUAAUGUAUUCCGACAACUUUCUGAUGUUGCGGGAAGAUUUUUUCUAUUGUGAACUCUGUGGGCGUUCUCCAAGUAUUACCCCUGGACGAUAGGAAUCGGCUCCUACGUGCACACACAUACACACCCACACACAUCUAUCUAUACAUAUUGGCUUAAGCCAAACUCUUGUCUUGCAGAUGUAGAAAUUGUUGCUUUGUUUCUCUGAUAAAACUGGUUUUAGACAAAAAAUAGGGAUGAUCACUCUCUUAGACCAUGCUAAUGUUAAUAGAGAAGAGCAUUCUUUCUUCUAUGUGAAACUUGAAAUGAGGAAAAGCAAUUCUAGUGUAAAUCAUGCAAGCGCUAUAAUUACUAUAAAUAAGAAAAUUCAAGAAGAUUCAAUCACUGUAUAGGACGGUAAAGUACCAACUCAUUUCUUAUAUCAUAUUGUUAAAUAAACUGUGUGCAACAGACAAAAAGGGUGGUCCUUCUUGAAUUCAUGUAUAUGGUAUUAACACUUAGUGUUCGGGGUUUUUGUUAAUGAAAAUGCUGUUUUCAACAUUGUAUUUGGACUAUGCAUGUGUUUUUUUCCCCUAUUGUAUAUAACGUACCGCUUAAAAUUGAUAUAAAUUACUGAAGUUUUUAACAUGUA